CUUGCUUGCUCCAGGGGUCAGUCACCACAGCAUGAGCAGAACUUGAUAAUCCACUGUUGAACAACAUCACACCAGAAGUGAUUGCUCAACAUGUCGGGAGGAGCGCAGCAACAAGGAGUGAGCCUCGACCAGCUGAGCGCCCAACAGCUCACGGCCGUCAAGAAGCAGCUGGACGAGGAGGUCGAGCACCUUACCACAUCGUUUGCACAACUCCAGGCUGCACAGAUCAAGUUCAAGGACUGCUUGCGUUGUGUGAAGACCCAGGGCAGCACCCAAGACAAGAAAGAGAUUCUGGUGCCCCUGACGAACUCUUUGUACGUCAAGGGCAGUAUCUCAACCCCUGACCGAGUACUGGUGGAUAUAGGCACAGGGUUCUAUGUAGAAAAGGAUGUGAAGAGUGCUUCCGAGUUUUACGAGGGCAAGAUCAAGGAUCUCUCUGGCAACAUCACAGACUUGGAGUCCAUCAUUCAGAACAAAUCAAGUUCAUUGAGGGCUGUCGAGGAAGUCCUCAAGCAAAAGAUUCUUGCACAACCACAGCAGCCUUCGUCAUAAGGCUCACAACCACAGGUCGUGGACCAAGGCAACAACUAAAGUCUUGUAGUGCCCCUAUCAUUUUGGGCUGCCUGAAUCCCCACACCCUAACCUUAUUCUUUUCUUCCCCAGGGAAGACGCAAGAGCUUCAUCAGAGCAGUGAGCUGUAGAUGGAGCCGUUAGUACCAGUGAAAAAAGAAAUGUGAAGCUGAGUAGACUCACCCUAUGCUUUGGUCGAGUUUUCAGGGCCUGGAACUGGCUCAGACCAGUCCUUGUCCUGAUUCAUUGGCCAAAUCUGUGAAAUCAUGUAGGCGCUGGAUUUGCUGCAAGAAGUGUUCGAUUCCGGUGUUGUAUUCUUCACUGUCAAACAGUUCAGGGAAUCCAUUGACGAAAUCUGCCUGUCGUUCUUUUCCCGGCUUGUUCAUGCCUCGCAUCUUGUGGUCCCAGUCGUGUCCAUAGAUCGAAACUCCGCACGAUUUGAUCGGAUGAGGGACCGCGGCAGUAUUCAGAGCCUUCCAAGGGUAGACAGGUUUGGAUGUCUCGAGUAAAGCAC